AUGACUGUCCUGAUCCCAUCCCAUACCAGAGGCAAGGAGAACGACGAGCCCAUCGACAUCGAAAAUGUGGACGGCCCCACUCACUCUGAGAACGAGCACGUUGAGGAAGGUCGUCCUGUUCGCAAACGCAAGGCAACCGUGCCAUUUGAUGAGGAUACUGAGAUGGACACUGACGAGCUCUUGGAAAAGGAAGUCAAGACUAAGAAGAAGCCCGCCGCCAAGUCAAAGGCUGCCAAGGCCGCCAAGGACCCCUCUGCCACUGUCAAAGCGCCCAAGAAGACCACCAAGAAGUCGACUAGGUCCGCUUUCAGCGACGACGAGGAUGGAGGUGAGUCUUCGUUCUGCGAAGCUCCCGAAGACCCGCUCGACUUUGACCCCAACUAUGUCUACGGCCUUGCGCGCCAGUACCCCGACGGCUACUGGAAGCACCAUGCUGAGAGCAAGUCUGGCAUGAUUAACAAGAUCAGCGAGGACCAUCCCCUCGAAUUGGUUGAGAGCAACAUCUGCGACCAGGCUGCAAUCACAGGCAUGAUUCUCUCGCCGGACGGGACCAUGUUAGCAACAUUCUGCAACCUCGGCUCUAUAAGGAUUUGGAAUUUGGAGGACUACUCCCUGUUGAAGACACUUCGGGAUGCCAAGGAGGAUCACAUUGACGAGUUCUACGUAGGUACUUUUGUACCCGAUCAAACUUUGGUGCUUGCUGGUGGAAAGCUCAAGGAUAGGAACAAUUGGUCAGAGGCAGACGAAGAUAACAACAUCCUUCCUUGCCCGCUCAAGCUGUUUGAUAUCCUGACGGGUGAGGUUGUGUGCCAAUUGAAGGGGCAUACGGAGGAGCUUCUCUGUGUUAAGCGGGUGCAGUUCAAGGGUGAGAAUUACUUUCUCAGUGGAAGUCAAGACGGCUAUCUCAAUAAGUGGCACAUGGAAUCCGACUGGAGAUCUCUGAAGUUGAUGGAGCAGAUGGAGGACGGCAUCACAUGCAUGGCCUUCACGGUAUCAUUUGUCCCAAACACAGGCAACAAGUACUUCCUUGCUGCAGCCGAUGAGAACCUUCGACUCUACGAUUUCGAACACGCCACAUUGUUGCAAACGUUUGAAAAUAUGUACUCGUCAUAUUGCGACUGUGGAAAGUUCAUCCAGCCUGUCGACUUUCCUAUGCCCCCACCCAUCCCCGAAGAAGAGCCCGUUGUUGAUACAGAGGACAUCUCAGAAUCAGUGACCAAGAAGGGAAAGAUGAAGGCCGAUGAGGCUGAGCCUGCCCCAAGACCACAACAGUACGCUUAUUUCAUCUCGCGCGGUGUGGAGCUACUCGAUUCAGAGGAGCGCAUGAUUGCCAAAGACUACAACUCAUGCACACUUCACAAAUUAGUGUACCCAACGACAAAAGGUGGAAAGUGGUACCUGACCGAGGUGAAGAAAUUUCAAGACGAAGAGUAUUUCUCCAACGCAUGGCUUAUUAAGAUCUCAUCAAACGGACGGUACCUGAUGGCACCGACAUGCACUGGCGAGGUCUUCAUUUACAACCUCAAGACCGGACAAGUGACAGGCGUGCUCAAAGAUCACGACGAUGUCGAGGUGCGUGAUGUUAUUUUUCAUCCUACGCGGCCACUCCUCCUCACAAGCGGCGACGAUGGCCAAGUAAGAGUCUAUACCUACAGCAAACCAGAGGAUCUCAGCAAGGCGCUGAGGGACUCUGAGGAGACCCAGAGGAGGGAUUUAGAGGCAGCUGCGUUGGUGUCGGUCGCGACAGAUCUGUCGGCAGUGUCGGUGAAGGACGAGGAGGAGGAGGAGGAGUCCAUUGUGGAUGUUGUUGAUGAAGACUUGACGGAGUAG